AUGGCGAGCUUUAAUCUCAAUUUGAUGACCUUGUUUUCUCAUCUGUUAGGAUCAUCGACCAAAAUUCCAAUGCUAAUUCCUGAAUACUAUGAUCAGUGGGUUGAUUGUUUGGAGGAUUAUCUGAAUGGUCUUGAUGAAGAAUUGUGGUCGUGUAUCUCUAGAAAUGUCAAUCCUCCGGCGAAUGUUCAACCAAUUGGAUCAUCUUCUGGACGUUCUGUUUUUGAAAAUCAAUUUGAUCGUCUGAAGAAACUAGAGAAAAGGUGUGUGAGAGAAUUACGAGGAGCUUUACCUCUAGUUGUGUACAAUUACGUAAAGAGUUGUACAACUGCUAAAGAGAUCUGGAACAAUAUGAAUGAUAAGUGUCAAGGAAGUGAGAAGAAGAAAAUUAAUUCAGUUAAACAGUGCUUGGUUGUCCUUAAAGAUUUCAGACAAAAAGAAGGUGAAACAAUUGAAGCAUACUAUGAUCAUCUGAAUGAGUUAAUCUAUCGCUGCCAUCGCUAUGGAAUCACCAGGACUUCAAUGGAAUUCAAUCUCCUUUUUGUAAUUGGUCUUCGAAAAGAAUGGAGAAGCGUGAGUAUGAUGGUGAAGAAUCAACAAUGUUUUGAUACAUCAACUCUUAAUGAGUUGUACAAUCAGUUGAAGAUACAUGAAAAUGAAGUAAAUGAAAUAGGUGAGGAAUCGAAGCUAAGUUUGGGAGGUCUGUUAGCUUUAGUCUCAAAGAAGGCUAAGCAAACUGAGGUGAAAGGAAGUUUUGUGAGUAAAGCUGCUGGUGAGGAGAAGAAGAAGGUUGAGAAGAAUGAUUCGAAGGUGUUUGAGGGGAAGAAUGAGAAGAAGCUUAAAGGUGACUCAGGUGUAGAUUGUUACUACUGCAAUGGAGCUAAUCACCGUUCAAAUGACUGCAUGCUGAGAAAGAAGGAUGAAAGGAAGAAUUUAGUCAAAGAUGAAGCUUAUUACGCUGAGAAGAUUGAGGAGGUUCGUGCGAAAACAAAGAAUUUGUCGUUGAUAGCAACAGGUGAACAAGACGAAGCUGGAACCUAUCAAAUCUGA